GACCAACUGCGCCCGCGAUGCGUACGAAAAGCGGCUUCGCUGCUGACCUGCCUCGAACCCUUGCUCGACUGCGACUGCGAUUGCGUCCCGGCGGUAGCCGCUGCCGUCCGGCCGCGCUGCUAUGGCGAGUUAGACGUCGCGGCCCUCAUUGAUCCCCGUUACGGAUUUCCCCUUCUUCCCCGGGGAUCCCGCCUGCCCUACCACCGAAUCGUGCUGCUCCAUUGCCUUGGAAGGUCGCCGCCGCCGCCGCCCGUUCCUCCUUCCGUCACAAUACAAGGUGAUCAAUGGCGUCAGGUGCACCUGGUAUCAUGCUCCGACACCUUUCCAAAACACUUGCUGUAAGCCCAGCAGUGGCAUCUGGUAUGACCAGCCAGCAUCACCAGCUUCAACAGCGUGCACCAGUGAGUGGCACAUCCAAAGGCAAGGCUAAGCUCAAAGCCGGCCUGCCUUUGAAGCGCAGCGUCAUAGCAAAGAAGGGGGGCGCGCCUGCCACUGCUGGGAGCGGUGGUGCUGGCCGUGGUCGUCGUGAAGCCAUUGAGCGCAUUACUCAGAUUGCAGAGUCUUGUCUGAAGUCCUCUACUCCUCUACGGCACUUGUCCCCCAAGGAGUGUCUUCGCGAGGCAAAACGUGAGGAGCUUGGACUCAUCUCCAAGGAACGACAACGUGAACUUGAUAUUGCCAAGGCUAAAGCCAAGUCCAAAGGUACCAUUGGAGGUGAUGGUGGCCGUGUUCUGAUGGGUCCACCUAGCCUUGACUAUAUCAGUCUUGGCCUUGUAGAUGAGAAGACCAUCCCUACUUAUGAGCUGACAGUUGAGGAUGGUCGGCGUCUUGCCAAAGAAUACAGCCGUGUGCUAAUGCAACGACACCGUGCACGCCAAACUGCGGAAUCAACACUUUUGAGCCUCAAGAAGGAGGCCGUUGCUGCACUCCCCGAGAAGCUGCAAGCUGCUGCUAUGGUUCCUGACAUGACACCAUUCCCUGCAAACCGGUACAUGGCAACACUCACGCCACCAAUUGAAGGGUAUAUUGAAAAGGUGCGAGAUGCUGCCAAGAAGUAUUCUGUGAAAGAGAAGCUUCGCUGAGUUCAAUUCAAUCCAUAUAAGGUGGCUGAGAGUUCUGGAACUUUUUCUUAUGUUGUAUUCUUGAGAAUCUGUCAGUUUUGCUGACUUCGUGCUGUUUUUGCCUCUAAUAAUCAGAUAGCGGUAAUAAACUGCCACGAUUUUGCUUUGCAAGACCAUGUUAUUUUGGCUGAAUCUUUUUACUCCAGUUUUGCUGUGUAGCACAAAUUGAUAUGUUGAACUAAAAUCAAGAAAAGUUUGUUGCUUUGAAA